AUGGCUAUUCAGAAGCCGAGAGACAUAGCUGCUUUGGUGAAGGCAAUUAGCACACCCGAUAGCUAUCAACAUGAUUCGCUAUUUGAACAUCAUAUGCGGGAGAACCUUGAACCUAAUGAUAUCCACAUUGUCAGUGUCUAUCUGCAAAGAGUUCCCAGAUCCACAGAAGAUCUGAAUAUGAACGUACAACAACAGAACAAUGGUGCCAUAUCUGAUUAUCUGAGCCAACGUCGCAUGUGGCAUAGACCUAUUACGUGGCUGUGGCUGGAGUGGAAAGCAGUGAACUCCGUAAUUUUUGUUGAUAAACCUCGUUGGAAUAGGCUGGAUAUGAAAAACAAUGAGGGAAUCGCCACUCCUUGUGAGGCAGAGUUGAUCCUUGAUAAUGUCGAACAAGGCCUGAUCUGUUGGAUUUCCUCACGGCAAGAACAUGCUGCUUUCAAAUUUUAUGACGAAAGAACCACUUCAUGUCACAAGCUCUUCAUCAAGCCAAUCUACUGCAUAACAGUCCCAGUCACAAGAGAAGUACGGGUUGCUUGCGGCACUUUCAUAAGGUGGAGUCACUUUUUGAUUGCUUUGGCUGUGUUAUCAAGCGUUGGUGUUGAGAGACCAAAAAUGGCUAGCAUAGAAGGUGAAGCCCGAACCGAGCAGAAAUUUAGAGGUCUUCGAAAUCGGAGGAAAUCAACACCCGAGCUGGAAGAUCCUUUUGAUGAUCCUGCACUCGUCACCAAUGUACUGAAUAUGAGAAAUGAAGAAGGGCUAACAGCUUUGGAAAUGGCAGUGCGUGCUGGGAGUGAUACAUGCGCAAUGCUGAUUACGAAAUAUGCAAGGACUGCGCAAAAAACCAGGCCGCGUUUACGAGGUAUGUCCGUAACUCGGCGAGCUAGCGGUGAAGCGAACGAGAACGAUAUUAUGAUCGAGUUGGAUGAUGCUCCUCCUCUAGCAGCACCUUUCGCAAGCAGACGUCCGUUCGUGCUAGACGCGCAUUCGAGGAGGCUGUCGAGAGACAAAAUCUCGAAUAGUUUGAAAAGAUUACCUCCAACACCUCCUGUGAGAACUGAUAGCAAUAACUCACCUCAAGGCAAGACAGAAAACCGCCCAAUAUCAAAUGAUUCCGUAUCCUCGUUACCGUCACCUUCAAAUUCUCCAAGUGCUGAUGUUCACAAGAGUUUUUCAGUUGGUGAAAAGCUGAGAUCGAUAUUUGCUGGUAGAUGGCAUACGGAUGCCGAGCUUGCACCUAGCAAACGGCCACUAGAGUACAAGAAGAGCAGUGGUGAGGAAAACCAUGUGCAGAGUAGGCCCGCGACGUCUCCUAUCGCGGCGGAUCAAAAAAUGUCCGUGGACGAAGGUAAAACUUUGCUUGGAUCCUCUUCACAACGACUAGAUUCUUUACAGUAUAUACUCAAAACAACAUUAGUCAAGAAAAUUAAGGGCAUAGAGGACAUUAUACUCGCCACUAUUAUCACUGAAAAUACAGCUAAAAUUUUACUAGAAGCAGCUUCGAUAGAGCCGAAUAAUUUUGCCGAUGUUUUCCGUUCGCCGUGGCCUAGUAGCAAACCUACGCGUUUACCGCCACUGAGAAAUCUUAGAAGACGUGCAGCAAGUGAAGGAAGACGAAGAUCUGGACAAGAGCCUUUGACAUAA